CGGGAUUAGGACUCCAGCUUCUUAGCUCAAUCCACCAGCCAAAAUGGGAAAGGAAAAGAUCCACAUCAACCUGGUGGUUAUCGGGCACGUAGAUGCCGGUAAGUCGACCACGACCGGUCACCUGAUCUACAAGUGCGGCGGUAUCGACAAGCGUACGAUCGAGAAGUUCGAGAAGGAGGCGGCCGAGCUGGGCAAGUCCUCGUUCAAGUACGCGUGGGUGCUUGACAACCUCAAGGCCGAGCGCGAGCGCGGUAUCACGAUCGACAUCGCCCUGUGGAAGUUCGAGUCGCCCAAGUACAACUUCACGGUGAUCGACGCCCCCGGCCACCGCGACUUCAUCAAGAACAUGAUCACGGGCACCUCGCAGGCCGACGUUGCCGUGCUGGUUGUGGCCUCGGGCGUGGGAGAGUUCGAGGCGGGUAUCUCGAAGAACGGGCAGACUCGCGAGCACGCGCUGCUGGCCUUCACCCUGGGCGUGAAGCAGAUGAUCGUGUGCAUCAACAAGAUGGACGACUCGUCGGUGAUGUACGGCGAGCCCCGGUACACGGAGAUCAAGGAGGAGGUGGCGAUCUACCUGAAGAAGGUGGGGUACAAGCCCGCGAAGAUCCCGUUCGUGCCCAUCUCGGGCUGGGCCGGCGACAACAUGAUCGACAAGUCGACCAACAUGCCAUGGUACAAGGGCCCCUACCUGCUGGAGGCGCUCGACACGAUGAAGGAGCCCACCCGCCCCACGGACAAGCCCCUCCGCCUGCCGCUCCAGGACGUGUACAAGAUCGGCGGUAUCGGCACGGUGCCCGUGGGCCGCGUGGAGACGGGCUGCCUCAAGCCCGGCAUGGUGGUGACGUUCGCCCCCUGCAUGCUCGACACCGAAGUGAAGUCCGUGGAGAUGCACCACGAGGCUCUCCCCGAGGCGGUGCCCGGAGACAACGUCGGCUUCAACGUGAAGAACGUGUCCGUCAAGGACAUCCGCCGUGGCUACGUGGCGGGUGACUCGAAGAGGGACCCCCCUAAGGGCGCCUCGGCCUUCAACGCCCAGGUCAUCGUGAUGAACCACCCCGGGCAGAUCUCGAACGGGUACGCGCCGGUGCUGGACUGCCACACCGCCCACGUGGCGUGCAAGUUCAAGGAGAUCACCCAGAAGAUGGACCGCCGUUCGGGUAAGGUGAUGGAGGAGAACCCCAAGUUCGUCAAGACCGGCGACGCGUGCAUGGUGAACAUGGAGCCCUCCAAGCCCAUGUGCGUGGAGUCCUUCCAGGAGUACCCCCCGCUCGGCCGCUUCGCCGUCCGCGACAUGCGCCAGACCGUCGCCGUCGGCGUCAUCAAGUCCGUCGAGAAGAAGGAGGUCUCCACCAAGAAGAAGAAGUAGCUAUCUUACCUUACCCGUUCGACCACAGAGUUGCCUGCCGUCGAGCAGACCGGCUCGUCCGGUCGUUUGCACAGCAGCAGGAGACAUUGUGGUGUUGCUGGGGAUGAGCGCGACGUAGUCAUAUCUGGUGAAGUACCCGAAGAUCGUUUGCAGGCAAUGGUGCUCUCGCAAGGGCAGCAGCUUGUCGAGAGCCUUGCGGUAAUUAGAGCCGACUCUAGAUGGCGUUUGACUCGUGUUCCUGGGAAGGAAAAUAGGCGACGCCCUUGGUUGAUUUUUCACCGCGGGUACAGAUGGUCUCCUUUCAUGGUUGAGAGAUGAUGCUUUUGCGUGUUCCCGGUUUAGAGGGCUUGUCGCAAGGGCCUCAGCUCUGGUCGUCAUGUUGAUGCUUGAUAUGACCCGUGCUUUUAAAGACGGGGAUGCCUUCUUGGUGAUGAGAACUGAAGUUGUCGUUGAAAAGACAGUUUCGAAAUGAAAAAAUACCUCACGUGCUAACAUAUACCCAGACGGCUUGUUGCAAACCCUUGUUGAUGGGGCGGAUUAAUGGGACGUGCGGAGUUUGCCCCUCUGCCCGUGUCGUAUGGUCUUGCUCAUGUAUGAUGCGCACAGAUCUGUUGGCGAUGCUAGUUAUUUUUGUUUCACACGUUUUGUGCCGAAGAUCUGUAUGAAGCGUGUGUUUCCUUUUUCGUGUGGCUAGCCACAUGACGAUGCUGUUGAUUUCUGGCAUUGGUCAACGUGACGUUCGCAUUUCAUCAUGUCUUGGUAACACAUGUCGUUUGAAGACGCUCGGGUUUACACUUGAUCACCGUGGAAAAUGCCCGCACUUGCAGCAACUGGCUUUGUCUGGACCGAGGUUACCCUACAAUUCGAUGGCCUGCCCUCUUCAGCUGGAACAUGUCGUUUGCAGCAUGAUAUCCUAUUCCGUGUGACACCGUUUAACAAUCAACAGUACGAAAGCCGUGCAAGGGGUCGUUGAAAGUAAAAGCAUUAUUUGAAAACCU